AUGGAGAGCGCCGAUUAUUCGCCGCUAGCCGAAGAGGCCGAUCCGUGGGAUCUUGAUCAGUUGCUGAAUGGCGAGCAGGACGACGACGAAGCCGUCUCGACGACGUCGUCAAAAAUGCACAUGCCCUUUGUCACCGCCCAUCUACCGUACACCCCGGGCCGCGUGGGCCUCUUCAUUCAACACCAGAACUACAUGAAGAGGAGAACAACGACGCCGACGACGUCAUCGGAUGUUAAUGAGAAUAAUAUCACCGUUCGCCCAAUGCCGGUAUGGAAGAAAUACGCGCGAAUCAUUCUUCCGCACGUCGGCUUGAUCCUCCUAUCAUUGCUCUACGUCAUCGGCGGCGCGAUGGUCUUCUAUCACAUGGAGCGUCCGUUCGAGAUGGAGGUGCGCGCCGACAACGUGCAACGCUUCAACGAGCACAAAGAGGUGAUGCUCAGCGAUUUGUGGGAGCUGCGAGCCGCCGGCGUCGAGCAGGAACUCCUCGAAGAGGUCGCCAAUGAGUACAUCGACAAUAUCACCAAAAUUCUCUUCGACGCCUUCGACACCCAUUGCAUUGGCGCCAAACAUUUGAGGCCUGGUGGCGAGCACGAGGACCACAAUUGGACGUUCAUCACCGCGCUUUUCUUCACUGCCACCCUUCUCACUACUAUAGGCUACGGCAAUCUCGUGCCUGUCACCUGGCACGGAAAAAUGUUCUGUAUUGCGUAUGCGUUGCUAGGCGUCCCAUUGAUUCUCAUCACCGUUGCUGAUAUCGGCAAAUUCCUGUCGGAGAAUAUUAUUUGGUUGUACACAAGGUACACAAAAAUCCGCGAGCGACUUUCAAAAACCAAAUACACGGGGAUUUCGACAAAGGACGACAAUCCGAAAGAAGGCGAGCAAAUCAUGCAAGGCCUCGAUCAUUACAUUUCAAUUCCGAUCUCGCUAAUCGUCAUGAUCCUUCUCGGCUACAUUACAAUCGGCGCCGUUCUACUCGGCUCAUGGGAGAAUUGGGAGUUCUUCUCCGGCUUCUAUUUCAGCUUCAUCACAAUGACAACCGUCGGCUUCGGCGACAUCGUGCCGUUGAAGCGCGAAUUCUAUUUGCUAGACCUUUGCUAUAUUAUAAUUGGAUUAGCGAUCACUACCAUGUGUAUCGAUCUCGUCGGAAUUCAGUACAUUCGUAAGAUUCACUAUUUCGGACGAGCGAUUAAGGACGCACGAUUCGCGUUGGUCAACGUCGGCGGCAAGAUGGUCCACGUGCCGGACCUGAUGCGCUACGCCAGCGUCCUUCAGCAGAAAUACGGCCAACGCAAAACGCACGACACGAUCAUCGUGAAGGGCGCCUACGCGCCGAAAGACCUCGCCCGAAUACGGUUCAUCGAUUUCGGCGCGCUCGCCUCAAUGGAAAGCCUCCAAUCGCUCUUCUCAAUUUUCACGUCAAAAUCGCAAGAAGCGCUCGUGUAA